AUACAUCAUAUAGUUUCCGAUAUAGUGCCGCGCGGUCGCCAUGUGGGACUACAUUUUUAGUACGCUACUAUGGCUGUGUGUGUGCACCGUGAUCCUUCUGGGUGUGUAUGUGCACCAAACAUACAAAUACUGGAAGAAACGGGGGGUUGAAUUCGACCAACCUUAUUUUCCGUUGGGGAAUUUAAAUUUCCUAAUGCGCAAGAGUUUCUGGGACUACUGCAUGCAUCUGAAGGAGAGAUUUCCGAGGGACUACGUUGGGAUAUACCUUGGCUUGAAGCCGGCGCUGGUGGUGCAGACUCCUGAGCUAGCCAGAGUCGUCCUUACAAAGGACUUCGAGUAUUUCAACAAUCGGUAUCUGUAUUCUAACCAGUCGGAUCCUCUUGGUGCACUCAACUUGUUUACAGUCAAUAAUCCAAUAUGGCGGGACGUGCGUCACGAGCUGUCACCCAUGUUCACCGGCCACCGGCUCAAGCUGGUCACGGAACUCAUGAACCAGAACUCCAAGGAGCUGGCCAAGAAGAUCCAAAGGGAUUUUGUGGAGAAAAAGAAAAAUGUCAACCUUAAGGAACUGUUCUCGAUGUAUACAUCAGACACCGUCGCGUACACCGUGUUCGGUAUUAGAGUGAGCAUCCUCAACGACCAGCCGUCCCCGCUGUGGUUCAUCACCAGCAACAUGGUCCACUUCACCUUCUGGAGGGGGCUGGAGUUCACGCUUGUCUUCCUCAUGCCCGCGCUAGCUGCUUUCUUGAGACUGAAAUUCUUCUCUGAAGCCGCGACUGACUUCAUCAAGAAGAUGUUCUGGUCGGUGGUAGACGAGCGGAAGGAUGUGCGGAACCCCAACGACAAAGAUCUGGUCAACCACCUGCUGCAGCUGAAGGAGAACCUUAAGUUGCCCGUCCAUGACCAUUCAGAUCCAGAAAUGGCGGACAAGCUGAUGCUGGCCCAAGCAGCUGUGUUCAUCCUGGGUUCAGUGGAGACUUCCUCCACCACUCUGUCCUACCUGAUGCACGAGUUGGCUCAUCAUCCGGAGGAACAGGAAACCCUGUAUGAGGAAAUAAGGCAGACUCUCGCGAAGACUGGAGGUGACGUACUGCAGUAUCAGGAACUCAUGGAAAUGAAGUACCUGUCAGCUUGUAUAUAUGAGACGUUGCGGAAAUACCCUCCAGUGUCAUACCUGGACCGGAAAUGCGAUAGAACAUUCACGCUGAACGACGAUCUAACGAUAGAGGCCGGUACUCCAGUCUUCUUGAACCUCCUAGCCAUACACUACAACGAGAACAUAUACCCGGAACCGAAGAGGUGGAAUCCGGAGCGGUUCCGGAAUGUAGCCGAUGGUGACAACCUGAACUACACCUUCCUGCCCUUCGGAGAGGGACCACGGUUUUGUAUAGGUAAGAGGUACGGUAUGAUGCAAGUACGAGCGGCGCUGGCCAAGAUAGUAGAGAAGUUCAGGAUCGAGCCCGGCGAACCCUACGAGGUGCCUACGGAUCCCUACAGCGUCAUGCUAUCGCCGAAGGGCGGGGGCACUGUUAAGUUCGUUCCUCGAUAAAUAUAUUUUAUAUUACUUAGGGCCUGUUUCACCGCUUUCUGAUAAA